AUGGGUUCAAAACGAGGUGCAUUGAUUAUUUUUGAAGGUCUUGAUCGAAUUGGCAAGACCACGCAAAGUAAAUUGCUAUGUGAUUAUCUCUCUCAAGAUUGUAAUAUUCGGUGUGAACGUUUGGCUUUUCCUGAUCGAACAACACAAAUCGGAGGACUAAUUGAUGCGUAUUUACAACGGAAAAUCGAAUGUAACGAUCGUACAAUUCAUCUUUUAUUCUCGGCCAAUCGAUGGGAAUGUAUGGACUCCAUGCGAGCGAAACUUUUACGAGGUGAUACAUUAAUUGUGGAUCGUUACGCCUAUUCCGGUGUGGCAUUUAGUCAGGCGAAAGGUCUGGAUAAGACAUGGUGUCAAUCGUGUGAUGUCGGCUUGAUUAAACCAGAUCUUGUUCUUUAUUUUCAUCGGGGUAAACAAGCCAAUUGUUUAUCAUAUACAGGGGAAGAACGGUAUGAAACCAAACACUUUCAAGAGGAAGUUGAAACGUGUUUCGAACAAUUUCGUUCGUCAUCACACCAAUGGAAAGACAUCAAUGUCAUCAAUGCGGACAAUAAUCAAAUGCGAAAUAGAGAAACUAUACAGGAGGAAAUUCGUUCGUACGUGAAAGAUACUCUUAAAAAUUUGAAAUCAAAUGAUUUAGAAGAACUAUGGAAAGAUUGA